AUGUUUAAGAGCCUACCUGAAGAUUUGGCACACCACAUUGUGCAGAAUAUUAGACCAGCAACUGAAAGUUCACAGUUAGAUACUCCUUUCUGGAUGCUUGAAAUAAGGGGACAUUUUACAGUAAAGUCUGCAUGGGAUUACGUGCGAAGAAGAGCCAACCCAAGAUUAGCUUACAAGAUGAUAUGGGUAAAAGGUUUACCUUUCAAGAUAUCCUUCUUCCUGUGGAAGGUUUGGAAAGCCAAACUGCCACUUGAUGAUUUCUUGCGUAAACUAGGAUACUCAAUGCCAUCUAAAUGUUGGUGCUGUGCUGAUCCUAAGGAGGAGUCAUUACUACAUUUGUUCUUCACAUCCAAUGCAGCUAAAAGUGUUUGGACUUACUUCCUGAGGAGAGCAAGAAUUGCAUUAGAUGGAAACAAUUUGAAAUAUGGAGAAGCAGUGUCAGUGAGCAGAGUUAUUUACCAGGUGUCGUCUACUGUGCAAGCACUUGUCCAACUGAAAAAGCCUGGACUACGUGUGCCUCAGAAGUGGCUGGACUUACUGAAAAUGAUGGAUCAAUACACACCUCGACUAAAAUAUGAUAAAGUUUUACGGGAAUUUCCUUCAAGAGGAUGGAUCAAAGUGAAUACGGAUGGAGCAUGUAGAGGGAACCCAGAGAGGAGUUCAACUGGUUUCUGCAUAAGGGAUGAGGUAGGUGAUUUGAUAUAUGCAGAAGGAAGGGAGAUUUCUGAAGGAACCAACAAUGAAUCAGAAGCGGUAGCUAUUGUGGAGGCAUUGAAGAUGUGCAAAAAUCUUAAUUAUUUCCAGAUAUGGCUGCAGAGAGAUUCUAUGCUAUUAAAGAACAUUAUAGAGGAAUCAUGGAAGCCUCCUUGGUAUAUUACUGAACAUGUAGAGGAGAUUUUAAGAUUGAAGGAACAAAGUAUCAUCAAGGUCACACACAUAUUCAGAGAAGGGAAUACAUUAGCAGACCACCUUGCCAAUUAUGCUCUAGAUGAAGGAAAUACUGAAUGCCAUGGUUUCUGGGAUAUGGACUCAAAAGGAAGGAGGAUUAUUAACGAAGAUAAGAUGCAAUGUCCUUACAUAAGAGUGAAGGUUGCAAGGAAUUAG